GACGGCUGCAGAGUGAGAAGCGAAAUAGCGACAUUGCCGGGGAGAGCAGCCAGCUUCAGAAUCAACAGAAAGUUUGUGCGCUAGCUGCUCUUCUUCUCAGACCAUCACCGCCGCCGCCGACCUAUCAAUACCUUUCAUCUCACACCGUUUCGAAAUUGUUUGAGAAAGAAAUUUAUUUACUGAAAUAUCGCAGGGAAUUGGAAUUGGAAAGUUGGAUGAUUUGUGCCCUCGAAACAAGUUUAUUGGUGUGCUGUGUUGCUGAUGGUAGCCAUGAAGGCUACAUCAAAAGCUUGUGUUGGUGGGGUUCUCGCUACUUCUGUUGUCAUCUAGAGAGUGAUAGAUGGGUGACAACGACAACACUGUUGGCAGUAGCGCUGAAGGACUCCCAACUGGUUCUGUCAGUGAGAAGGGAAGUAGAAACAAGAGGAAAUUUAUAUCUGAUAUAUCAGCCGAUGCGCCUGUAGACGUAUCAACUGUGUCUCUUACAGAAUUCCCUAGGUAUGAGAUGUUGGAGGAAAAAUUUCGGACUGCUUUGGAUGAAUUGGGGUCGAUGAUGGAGAUGCCUGAUGGCACAAGUGAGCAGGAAGAAGAAGAAGAAGAAGAUGGUGACGAGGAUGAUACUGAUGAAUACUUGCUGGCUGAUUGGGAUGAUCCUAUUGCAUGUCAGCUUGAGGAACUUUUGACAAAUAAUUUGUUUACGACAUUCUGUACUGCAGUAAAGAAGAUAGUGGAUUGUGGGUACACCGAGGAAGUUGCUGAGUGGUCUGUUUUGAAUAGUAAUAUGUUCCAUGGUAGUAAAGACCCUGUAUCUAAUGUUGUUGAUGGGGCUUUGGCUUUGCUAAAGAGGGAAAAGGAGUUCAAUACACCCAAGCAUUCAAUAUUCGAGGGACUUCAGAGCCUGGUGGACUACACAUUACUGGAGAUGGUUCAUGUGCUUCGAGAAGUUAGGCCAGACGUGACUAUUGCAGAGGCUAUGUGGUGCCUGCUAAUGAGUGAUCUGAACCUCUUAAAUGCAUGCCUGGUGGAUGGAGGCCAGUUUGGUAAGGAAACACCUUGGGAACGCUCAACAUUAUCUCAAUUGAAAGGUGAAACUCUUGACAAUGGCCAAUCAGAUUCUGAUAAAAUCAAUGUUCUAAAACAGAUGAUGCCCUCUCUUGAAAAUUCUCAGCAGAAAACAAUUGGUAUUGGAUCUGCCCUGCAACUAUCACACAGCAAAUCAAAUCCUGGUGACACUGCAGUUUCUGGGAAUGCAAGUUCUGUUGUCCUCCAAGAAGCAAAAGGAACAUUUUCAAGUCAAGGAAUCGCCUCGGAUGAAAAAUAUGGUGUUAAUAGAAAGGGAUCAUCGUCGAUGACUGUCAAGAGAGAUAUGCUUCGGCAGAGGGCACUUCACUUUGAGAAGAACUACAAGGGUCGUAUGUCAAAGGGAGCUUUUAAGGCCAAAGUUGCUGCCUUGGGAAGUAUGAUGUUGGAAAAGUCAUUGAAGUCACAAUCUGGUUUGUCUAGUGUAGUAACAAAGGGAACUUAUUCGAAGUUAACUACUUCAACUGGAACAAGCAGCUCAUAUGUGGAAGGAAGACGUAGUCCUUCGAACAAUCCAAAAUCUGAUGCAGCAUCUGCUGGUGCCCUGGCUGCCAAAGAUCCCAAGCUUGCAUUACCUGCAACAAGUCCCAAAUCUCCUCUAUCAUCCAAAACAGAUCUCGAACUUUCUGGGAAGGGCAAAAUAAAGACCUCGGAUUCUUGUAAAGCUACUGAUUAUUAUUCUUCUGUUCUAUAUGAUGAAGCUCUCCAGAAGCAUGUUGCACAUGAUGACAGGGAUAGGGCCAUUUUGAUGCUUGUGCCUCAUAAACAAGCACUUGAGAAAGAACUCCAAGGUUGGACAGAUUGGGCGAACGAGAAGGUUAUGCAAGCAGCAAGAAGGCUUGGAAAAGACCAGGGAGAGUUGAAAAUGUUGAGACUAGAGAAAGAAGAGACUGAGAAAUUCAAGAAGGAGAAGCAAACGUUGGAGGAGAGCACUUCAAAGCGACUGUCGGAAAUGGAAUAUGCUUUGGGCAAUGCCAGAAGCCAGAUUGAGGCAGCCAACACCACUGCUCAGCGGUUAGAACAGGAAAAUGCUGUCUUGAAGAAGGAAAUGGAGGCUGCUAUGUUGCAGGCCCUUCGAUCUGCUACUAAUUUGGAUGAAGCUACACAGAGGGAACAAGAAACACUGAAGAAAGUCCAGCCAUUGGAUGCUGAGAAGAGUUUACUCCAGGAGCAGCUGACGAAUCUGAAACGCCAUGCAACAGAAUUGGAAAUUCAGCUCGAAAAGACUAGAGAACGAAAGCUUCAGAAACAGGAUCUAUGGCUGCAAGAGGUGAACGAGAUGUUGAAAUUAUCAAAAGUGAUGAAAUCCUUGAGAGAAAAGAAGGAUGAAGGCGAGCGAUUGACGAAAGUAGAAGAGGACAAAAUAAAACAGCUGGCGCAGAAGAACAGAGAGAAAUGCGAAGAAGACAUUAAGUCACUCGAGAGCAUGAUCUCCGAGCUGAGACUCGAAUCAGACAAAAUGCAGAUAGCUGCGCUUAGCGUCGGGUACGGCAGCUGCUUGGCAGGCGAGAACAUCUCCACAAACCCGGCAUUGAGGGGACACACUAAACCGAACAAGAGGCUCGCCAUGUUCGAGGAGCAGGAUGUCAAACCCGAAAGAGAGUGUGUUAUGUGCAUGACCGACGAGAUCUCUGUCGUCUUCCUCCCGUGCUCCCACCAGGUUCUCUGCAAGCAGUGCAGUGUUCUACAUGAGAGGCAAGGGAUGAAUGAUUGCCCUUCUUGCAGGACAACCAUCGAGAAGCGGGUAUCGGUGACUUAUCGCGGCGGCGGCGGCAAUGGCGAUUAGCUCCCACCCUACCCACCCCUACCCCCACCCCAUCUCAUCUCAUACCGUACCAUCCCAUCCCAUCCAGUUUUGGGAAGUGUUUGUUAUAUUAAGAUUGGAAAAUGGUGGCCGUGUUUUUAGCGUAGCAGCCGUACAAUUCAGGCAUAAAAUAGAGAGGUAGAUAAAUAACUUAUUAUUACAUCAAGAAUCGAUCGAAUGGAUUGGUGGAGUCGCUGUUAUGGUAUGCAUGCCUAUCUGUCUCUAUCUAUCAAUAAUUCUAUAUAUAAAUUAUCCUUUCAUUUA